GAGCUUAGCAUCGAAGGCGUAUGGCGCGCUGUCUCAGUCGCGCAAAAGUACGGCUUCUCCACAUCCUCAGAAUCGGCCACUGCCUGGUUCGACGAGUGGUAUAAGAAGCUCGCAAGCCUGGUCAAGGCUGGCUACAAGCAUUAUACCAUGCUCCUUUAUCCCGCCUUCAUUUUCGGCCAUCGCGGCGCCUUCGCACAAGCUACCAAGUACCUUGUCUACCACAAUACAGGAAGCUACAUUCCUGACCACCAACCGAGGGAGUUCAUCCUCGAGCCACCAGCGAACGCCCCUAGUCUCCAUAUGCCUCAGCACAUCAUGCACCAGAUCAACGCUGCUAGGGCCAGACUAAAGACGAUCCUCCAUCGCGCUCUCUACACUCCAAUUGACCGCCUGCUGAAGGAAGCUCGCUGCAACUGCGCGCCCACAAUCCUGUACAACUACGAGAGCAGUCUGGCUCGCACUGGAGUCUGGCCUUUGGAAUCGAAGCUGAUGAGUGAUUCUGUUAUUAGUGCGAUCCAUGACCUCCGGGCGUACGACGGCAAGCAGUGGCAGAUCCAGACCUGUGGCAGUCUAGCAUGCACCUUCGACUUCGACAAAAUUGUGAUUACUGCCCGAGAAGAGAUUGGCAACUACUUCACUGGACUAUGCUUGGAUUGCAUGACAGCCUCCAAGGGUGCCGAUGCUGAUGAGAAGUACUGGUCUCACAGCAAGCCUGGUGUCAAUUGGGACCAAGGCUGCGCAGUGAGUCAUGGUCAGCCAUCUUGGUACUUCUCAUUCAUGGGACCACGCGAGGACAUGACGGAG